GGCAUCGGCAGUCGUCGGCCGUCACAUUGAUGAUUGCAUAUGAAUUCUGCACAUUGUGAUGGGCUGAGAUUGUCAAAAAAAAAAAAAUGCAAUGGCCGUACUCAGAAGUAUAUUAUUCGCCUGUCAUAUCGCAUUCAUAGGCCAUUCUUCUCCUUCUCCCACACCGCUGAUUCAAGGUCGGAAACCAUCGGAACACCGUGUGAAGCGCAAGGGAUUCGAAGAAUGGAACUCGGCCACAAGCGAGGAAACAAGCUUUAAUUUGCUCAGAUCGACUUCGUCCAGUUCGCUUGGCUCGUUUGCUUUUUCUUUCCUAGCUCCACCAUUAACUACGUAGUAGCUAUCAUUAUUAAUAAUAAGUCUUAAGUUAGUUAACUACUCUUAUCUAUCACUUUUCUUCCUACCCCACAUAUGGAAUAAAGAUUCAUCCACCACCCUCACGCAACAC